AUGCUCUUGCUCAAUGUGAGAGGUGCAACGUCAUUCGACGACUUAAGAAGUGCCAACAAUGUUGUAUAUGGCACAUUCGAGGAAGCAACAAGGGCAAGAAAUCUUUUGCAGGAUGACAGUGAAUGGAAGAACGUGCUGGGCGAAGCUGCAAUGACAGAGACAUCUGACCACAUCAGAAAGCUGUUCGCAUACAUCUGUGUGUUCAACAGACCGUAUGAUGCACUUGGGCUGUUCAACGACUAUGUUAACGAUAUGUGCGAUGACAUCGUUAACAAGAUAUAUGGUGAUGUUACCAACAUGGCUGACAGCGAAGAUCUGACGAACAGAGCUAUACUCACAACAAACAACGAUGCUGACAAAGGAAUCAAUGACAGGGUCCUUGACUUGAUGAUCGGCAACGAAGUAACAUACACGAGUGCAGACUCUAUUGUCACAGAGGACAACGAUGUUGUUGCGAACUAUCCGCUAGAGUUUCUCAACAAGCAGCAGCCUUCAGGAAUGCCACCGCACAAGUUAGUUCUAAAAAGAGGUGCGUUGAUAAUGCUAUUGCGCAAUCUUGAUCCAGCCAACGGCCUACUCAAUGGCACACACCUGGUGGUUGAUGAACUCCACACAAACUUCAUCAUGGCUACUAUUGUAACCGGAUCCAGGAAAGAUAGCAGGGCAGUGAUACCAAGGAUCGACAUGGCACCGAGCGAGACACAGCUGCCAUUCAUACUCAAGAGAAGAUAG